AUGAGUUCAACAGCAACCAAGAGUGGAUUAGUCAUCAUCUUUCUCUCCAUGACAGGUAAUAAUCUUUCUGUUCUUCAAAUCCAGAGAGAAAGCGAGAUGGAGAGAAAAAAGAAUUACCAAAUAAAACAUAUUUACAACUUUAAUGCCAGUAAUGAUAGUGAUGUUUGUGGGGCAGCAGGAAAAGCAGGGUUUGACAAAAAUAACUACUUGUAAAGAGGAUGAAUGGGGAACAGUGAUAAUGUUAAGGAAAGCAUCACAAGCAAUGAUUAAGAGGAAGUAAAGAUGUAGUGUUGGUAUCUUUGAAGUAAAGUAAAAUUUUAUUCAGUAGAAAGACUGUACUGGUCAAAGCCUAUGGUGGCAUAACUGAGAGCAGGUCAAUUCAUCAAAAAUGAAAGUUUUAAACCUGCUUUUCAAAGUACAGGGAUGUCUACUAACCUGGACUUGAGUCCACAAUCUCCACCAUCCAUAGACUUCAAGGUAAUACACACAGACACUCUGUAAAUGCAAUGUUCUAGUGUGGUUGGAGGAAACUACAAUAAGGAGUGGAGUUUUAAAUAGUAUUCUUCAUUUUAUGGAAAGCACAGAGAAUGAACUGCAAGGGAGCACAGUAAAUAUAUAGCCUUUUUUUCCUUUUGGAGAAAAAAGGCAGAAAACUUCUGGAGAACCAGGAGAAUCUUAAGGGACAGGUAAGGACAAGGGGAUAGUGACGGGCGACAACAAUGGAUAGCACAUAAAUGACUCAUCCUUAUUAACAGAUCCAGCAGAAAAAAUGCAUAAUCUGGAUUGCACAAUCCUCCCACAGAACUGGAUUUUAGUAUCAAAGGGUUCUGUCAGAUCUGCAGUGAUGCAUACCACAUAACCCCAGUUUGGUUCUAACAACAGUCUAUUAAAGGAUAUCUGGUAGUUGCUCUAAGAAGCUACAUCAAAGUCACAUGAUAACUCUACAGUACUCUACAGUAUGAUCUCCAGACAGGAUGGGCUUGUCUGAGUUCUUUUCUCUGAUACCAUUAACAGAAAAAGUCAUGGUUGUGAUUCUAGUUUUCUAAUGUGCUUUGUGUUGCAGUGGUACAAGGUCAGCAGGACUGGGGAGUGACUUACUCCUCUACUCAGAUCUGUGCCUUGAAAGGAAUGACUGUGGACAUACCCUGCACUUACAUACAUCCACCCAACUGGGGUGAGCAUCAUGCUGUGCCUGUGGGUAUUCUUUGGUUUACACGAAUGAAUGGAAGUAACCCAGUGGAUCUGAGAUCAGACCCAGACUACACUGGUCGUGUUGAGUAUCAUUUUCAUGAGAACGGCUGCACUUUGAGGAUCACAGACCUGACAGAGAGCGACGCAGCUGAGUACAAGAUCAGGCUGAUUAUGAACCACCAAGAUGAUAGUGUAACUGAGUCACCAGGAGUCACUUUGUCUGUCACAGGUAAUUGACUCUUUCUUUGGAUCUGGAUCUGAGAGGUAUACUUGUUCACUUUAAGUGUGAACUUGCUGGUUUAGAAACUUGAUUGAGAUGCUGUAGUCAAACAAACAUGAUUACGAAUUGGAGCUGUCUUCUCUCAGCUUAUUGACCACUUUUUAUUACAUCACCAAAACUUACUUUUUGCAAUAAAACCAGCUUAUUGAAUUAUGCUGUCACCUGAUUGGAGGUUGUAUUUCUGCUCAUUCUUGACUGAUUCAGAUCCACACGUGACAGUGAUUAACUCAACAGAAGACCGAGCAGAGCUCAAGUGUCACAGCAGUUGUCACCCCAGCUCUGAUCAGCUUUCCUACAUCUGGUACAGGAAUGGACGCAGGAUUUCAAAAGAAACCGCAUCAGUUUCAGAAGACAUUUAUCCUGCAGAUAGUUUUGCCUGUGCUUUAAAAGGACAUGAAGAUUUCCAUUCUCCUGCUGUGUGUGAGUAUACACAACAGUCUACCACAAACAGACUACCAGUGCGGUUAAUUGUAAGACUGGAUUUUCUAUCUUUUCUAAUGGAUUGUUGUUCCAGUUAUUUUUUUUCCAAAACGCCAUCUGAAGUCACUCCAACAACCUGUCAUGCAUUUCAUCUGUAAAAGUGUUGUUUCCACAGUUUUGUUCACUGAACUUUUUUCUUCCAGGUGUCAAAGGAGAAAACUGCAACAGAGUGACGUACACUGACAGAAAAAUCUGUGCAUUAGAAGGCUCCUCAGUUGACAUUUCUUGUACUUAUAACAGUUAUAGAGCAACUACAUCAAACUUCUGGUUUAGUCCAGAGCGCAGUAGCCACUGGAGGUUUCCUUCAAAUCCUGAGGACCUAAGGAAGACUCUGCGUUUUCGGGUCGUGUUCAGGUUGUUGGAACUGAGAGUGGACAUUCGACCCUGAGAAUCACUGACCUGAGGCUGACUGAUUCAGCUCAGUAUCACUUCAAAUUUAAAUCAAACAGCCUUGAAUGGCACAGUGUUUUACCUGCUACAACUCUGACCGUCACAGGUACUAAAGGUUGUUUCUCUAACAAUACUGUAAACUUAUUUGCUCAUGACUUCAUGAUUUACACUUUUUAUGCUAUAUUUAUAUUUUACUCACUGAUUAAAAGACCCUUCAUUAAAAUCAUGUUUGGUUCUGACCCAAAUAUUCAGCUCUGCAGGUUCAGGUGAACACAGAGUCAGUCCACAGGACUUCAGACCACACAGAGCUGAAGUGUCACAGCAGCUGCAGUCCAGCUGGUCACCUGUCUUACAUCUGGUUCAAGAAUGGAGAGAAAAUUCAGACAGAAACAGCUACUUUUUUGGUCCGCUUGGAUUCUGUGGACAGCUACGCCUGUGCUCUGAGAGGAUAUGAGGAUUUUCCCUCUCCUCCAGUCUGUAAGUUCAACGUACGCCCAGCUGCUGUUUUGUACAACAGUUUAUUUUUUUUUACAGGUCUCCAUGUGAAAAAUGUAUUUUACUGAUAUAAAAUAUCUGUUUGUUUUUUUUUAUUUGUAGGUAUUCAUGGUCAAUACUGCAACAAUGUGAUUUACAUGAUGAGAAGGAUCUGUGCCCCUGAAGGUUCAUCAGUGGACAUUUCAUGCUCAUACAACAGUUACUGGGGUCGUGCAUCAAAAUUCUGGUUUAGUCCUGAACGCAGUCACCAGUGGAAGACUGAAACGCAGCCUGAAGACUUAAGGAAGGACUCCAAGUAUGAAGGUCGUAUUGGGGUCUUAGAAGCUUGGGGAGGACAGUCCAUUCUGAGAAUCUCUAAACUGAGAGAGAGUGACUCGGCCGAGUAUCGCUUCAAGUUUAAAUCAAUGAGCUUUGAAUGGAGGAGCAGUUUACCUGGUACGAAUCUGACCGUCACAGGUACUGAAGAACACACCAAAUACAGCAGUACAUUUAUCAAACUUUUACCUCCUCUUAGUAAGAUUCCUUUCCCCGAGUGUUUUUUUGUGAUUAUUCAAAGUGUUUGCAUGAAAGUGUUUUCAGGUAAACACAAAUAAAAGUGCUUAUAACUCCAUUUGAAGCACUCUCACUGUUAUCCUUCUAUAUUCUGGAUGUCCAGCUCCGCAGGUGCAGGUAACUUCUGUAACAGUCAAAGAGGAUUAUACUGGAGCAACACUGAAGUGUCACAACAGCUGCACUAUAUCUGGUGGCAUUUCAUAUGUCUGGUUCAAGAAUGGAGAAAAAAUCCCAAAUGAGGAGAGCUCCUCUCAUGCUGACUGGUUUUUGCCAGGACACUCCAUCUCCUGUGCUCUGAAAGGGCUUGAAGAGUAUGGCUCCUCCACACUGUGUGAGUUUGCUCCACUAUGGCUGCCUUCAAAGGGGUCAACCACAUUUAAUGGCUUGUCACAUUAGCUACUCAUUUAAUUAGUCAGUGAUUUUUUUCCCUACAGAUGCUCUGAAUGCUCCCUCAGUGUCAGCAAGUCCUCCUGGUGAAAUAACAGAGGGCAGCUUGGUCACUUUGAACUGUAGCAGUGAUGCUAACAUUACAGCUACAUACACCUGGUACAAGAGGAACCAAGCACUGUCCUGUGAAAAACCACAGCUUAUUUUCACUUCCAUCCAGUCCUCUGACUCUGGAGAGUACCACUGUGCAGCUGAGAACGAGCUGGGGAGGAGAGCGUCCAAACCCAUCUCUGUUGAUGUCAAAUGUGAGUGAAAGACACUUAAAUGGCUGAAAAUAUUUAUCUAUGAUUUGGGAAAACUGUCUUGUGGUCUGACAAAUCAGAAUUUGUCUUUCUCUUUGGAAAUCAUGGAUGCACCCCCAGUGGCAUAGGUAUAGAUAAGAAACGAGAGCAUGAGUAGCUUUCCCAUCUGGGUAAGCAUCAUUGAUGCUAAAAAUUAGAAGUAGGUUUUGGAGGAACGUAGUACCAUCCGUCAUCUUGUAAAUUUCAGCAAGACAAUGCCAAAGCUCCUUAUACACAUAUAGAACAACAUGGCUCUGUGGUAGAAGAGUCCUGGGGCUCUAUUUUGGUGCCUCGCCGGAGAUCUGCCGCAAGCGCAGCGUCAAUCAGAUCUGCCGCGCUGACAAGGCGUUCCCAAGCACAUUUUGGUAUUUUGGUGAGCCGCGCAGCCCGGCGUAAGUAUCCCCCCUCCCUAACUCAGCUCCUCCCAGCACCAUAAGUCGGAAAAAGGGCGUGUAGUGAUUUUAACAAAGCCGAGACCUGUUUUCACCAAUCACAUAAGCUCCUCUCCUUGCCUUUAAAUCCGCCACCGGCGAGGCGUAUUACUAUUUUCAUGAAGUAGUCAAAGAGAUCAAGAGAUGUCUUAAGACAGUAAUGCCACAAGAUGGCGACAGAGGGCAGCUCCUCAACAAGUGUCCUCCACACUCUCUCAUAUGAGCACAGAUGGAUUUAGUGUGCGUAAUGUUGGUCCCACUGGUAAGACAAACACCCUUUUCCACAAAUAAAGACACUCACAUAAAGUUGCUCAUAUUCAAACCUCACGUGACAAAGGUGGGUUUAGCGCACAGAUCACAACAUAAACUCCAAAAAUGGCAUUAAAAUUGGAACCAUCUGUGCGUAAAUGACGCAUCGCGCUCCGUGGCCUGGCUCUUUCUUUCAUAGAUGUUGGCAUAUAAAAUAAAUUUGGCUCACAAAACUGAAUAUUAUAAUAUCCGUAUGUCGGCUUAAAGUAGAUCACGCAUCUGAGCACUGAAACAAAUCAUCUGUUCAGUCGCAGCAGCAGCAAGACGGACAGAGGACACGGAGACGUGUCCAGGUCGAGCUGCGCGAGAAAUAAGAGGAAGAGGAAGAAAGAAAAGGAGGGAGACGAAUUACAUAUCUUGUUAACUUCAUCAUGUGUGUUUAUUUACUAGAUAUUUAAUUUAAUUUGAUGCGGUUUCAGCUGUGUUGAUUCGGUCAGGUUGUGUGUCCAAACGCGUGCCAAACGCGCUCAUCAGAUCAGAUAUAGAUCAGAAUAUAUCUAUAUAGAUCUAAAUAUAUGUGCUGACUCAGAUUAAUAGUUGAUGAUGAUUACUUAUUGCACUGAAAUGUGCCUGACACUGUGGAAACCUGCCGGUGAGGCAUCAGUGACGUAUGUCGAUACGCCGCCGGUCUACCAAAAUACUACUAGACCAGCUGCGUUCCGCCUUGCGCUGAAAGCUGACCAGGUUUGAAUCGGCGAGCUUUCAGCGCACUUUACACGCCGUUGGCGAGCACGAAAAUGUCACUGCGCCAGCUGAUUCUGUCAACACCUCCCCCUGCCACACCACCACGCCCAGCUUGGCGGAUCUCGGCUCGCCUCCGUGCGGCUCAUGCCACGAAAAUACCAAAUUGGCCUUACGCUGGGCUCCGCCAGACGAAAAUACAACUGCGCGGGGCUCGCCGCCCUCCGCCGCCUCACCGGCGCGAACGAAAAUAGAGCCCCUGGUGUUAAACUAGUCCUAAACUGAUCUGCCUAGAUGUUAAAUCUGUUGAUUUCCUCCUCCAGAUCCUCCAAAGCUUCCCUCUGUGUCUGUGAGUCCCUCUGCUGAGAUAGAUGAGGGCAGUUCAGUGACUCUCACCUGCAGCAGCGAUGCUAACCCUGCAGCUAAAUAUACCUGGUACAAGGAUGAUGAAAUCUUUCCACAAGCUUUAGGACAGAUGUACACCAUCAAUGACUUAAGAGCUAAUCACAGUGGGAAUUAUUACUGUAAAGCUCAUAAUGGAAUAGGAUUUCACAACUCCACCUCAAUUCUGAUGGUUGUAUCAGGUAAGUUUCCAUGUCCUCUGAAUAUCAUCCAACAGUCCUGCUAGCUGUCUGUGAUGUAAGUUUAUCGUCUUUACCCAGGAUCCUGGACAUCAACAGCUGCUGGAAUGACAUUAGCUAUUGUCUUGGCCAUCAUAUUCCUGGCUCUGUUUAUAUUCAUCAGGUAAACACUUUUAUAUUUAAUUAUAAUCAAUAAGGGUCACUUAGAUCUUUCUUUUUAAGACUGUUAACCAUCAUAUCUGUUUAUUCGGACCACAUUGUGUCAGAGAUCAAAAUCAAGUGAAUUAAACAGUGACUUUUUUCAGACUGAAUGAUUUAUUCAUCCUCUUAAAAACCUUCUACACAGGAAAAAGCACGCCUCAAAGCAAACACCUGAGACUGAGGAGGAGGAAGAUGUCAACCAGGAAGAGGUGAGGAUGACUUUAAAAUCCCAGAGCAAAACAACUUUACUCAUUUACCUGGUAAGACACCUCGCAAGGUUGUUUGCCAAAGGAGCACUUACUAGUGACAUAUAACUCAUACAGUCCCACUUCAAAAAAAGCUAAAUAACCCUUCGAGUUAAAACAAAAAACAUCUUUCACAACAGAAUCUUCAUCAGAGCACUCAAGAGGACCACGAUGACCUCCAUUACUCCAGUGUCCAGUUCAUCACAAACCAGCCAGACUCUCUUUACUCCAACAUCAGACCAGCUCAGCACCAUGGACAGGAGCAGGAGGAAGGGGGGGACGUGAACUAUGCUGCUAUUAUGUUUAAAUGGAGCGCUCCUCGUGGUGUUCCUGCCACGAGGUUGGCAGAUCCUCCCCAAAGAACAUCAUCCUGGCGAUAGCUUAAAAAGGAUUGCAGUUUCUGUGCAACUUUGACCAUGCAGGAAACUGUGAUGAAAAAGCAUAAUCAGGCGUAAGGAUGGGGAGCUUUAUAUUUUAUUGAUACUGAUACCAUUAUUGAGGCUCCUUAAUGAUCCAAGUCUUUAUCAAUACCCCUAUCAAGUCUUGUCUAUUACCAUUAUCCUUCAAACUAUCAUAUUU